CAGAAACAAGAAUGUGAUUACUACAUGAUCAGUUUUGUGUAAAGAUAAGAAUAUGUCGCGGAAUUACCAACACAACAGAGGUGGAAACCAGAAUUGGAGAAGAGGUCAUGGCCGUGGAUUUAGAAGGGGUCGUUGGAACAGAGGCAAUUUUCAUCACAGAAACCAAGACAGGAAUUUGGAACCAAAUCAAAGAGACUUCAGAAGCCCAAUGAGAAAUGAAAACUGGGAUGAACAUGAGCAUUUCGAUGACAAUGUUAUGGAAAGAUCUCCAAGAUUUGAAAGAGAAGGUUCUCCUGGGAUAUUUUUUGAUGGUGAGCUUGAAGAAAGAAAUAUGGUGAUGGAAGAAGACAUCAGAUCUCCUGAAGAUUUUGAAGAAAAUCGUUUUCGUAGACGAAGGAGAACUAGGUGGAAUAGAUCUAGAAGCCCAGAGAUCAAUGAUGAAAGAGAUUUUGGAUUGUCACCAAAUUCACAAAGAGAAUGGCUGGGACAAGGCGAUCAGUUUAAUGAAGAAUUGGAAGGUCAUGGAGACCACAUGUCACAAUACUCUAACGAGGACCAUUUUAGAGAUGGUUCGUCUAUUAGGGAAGGUAUGGAUGAAUGGCAAGAGGACAUGAGAUUUCCAAGUGAAGAAAGAGGUCGCAGACGACGAAGUCUAUCGCCACACCGCAGUGGUUCUAGGGAACGUAUACCUAGAGAUCAUAUGAGAGAUGACAGAAGAAAUUGGAAUGAGAGAGAUGACAGAAUACAUCCUAGAGAUCGCUUUUUUGGUGAUCGAGACGAUAAUAUGCAUGAAGAUCAAUUUAUUGACAGGCCUGAUGAUGUCCAGUUUGUUCACAGUCCAGUAGAAGGUGACUUUGUUCCAGACGAAUUUGCCAAUAGACAAAUUGAUGAAUUUCCAGACAGAGACACAGAUUAUGAUAGGCAAGAUAUAAGCCCUGGCCACGAGAAUAAUCAAGAUGACAUUUUAGAUAAUGAAAGACCAGUAAGAGAUGAAUUUGAUAGAAGAGGUGGCUUUGAAAGAAGAGGUGGCUUUGAAAGACGAGGAGGAUUUGACAGAAGAGGCAGGUUUGAUAGAAGAGGUGGUUUUGAAAGAAGAGGUGGAUUUGAUAAAAGAGGUAGAGGACAAGAUCGGGGCCGGUUCAGACAUGACAAUGACAGACAAGACAGACACAGGUCUAACAGAAAUCAUCGUAGCACAAGCCCUAGAAACCGCCGAAGCACAAGUCCUAGAGGUCAUCGAAGCAUUAGUCCAAGAGAACGUAUGCGAAGUGCAAGCCCAAGAGAGGAACGCCAAUUUUUAUCUCAUCCUGCAGAUGGUGAGCCAAUAUUGAUAGAGGCGGGGAUGUCCAAUAUCAUACACACAGAGGAUGGACCAAUGUUGAUGGGACCUGAUGGCCCCAUUGAAUUGUUGCCUCCAGGUGUACCUAUAAUGAUACAGCCGGGAAUGGAACCUCAGCUUCUGGGCCCAGUCGGACCAGAUGGUAUGCAGCAAGUUCUGGUCCAUCUUGACCAGCCACAGAUCAUUCCAGAAGAAAUGAUGACCGAGCAUAGACCAAACAAUGAACCACCAGAUGAAAGUCAUCAUUUUAGGUCCAGAGGCAGGGGGCGUGGCAGAGGAGGAAGAUGGAUUGACAGGGGUAGAGGUCGGGGAAGAGGGUUUGAUAGAGGACGUGGUGGCAGGGGACGAGGUGGCUUCCACAGACAUGAGGACAUGAAUGAAAUGAAUCGAGAAAUGCCUGGGCCAGAUGACAUGCCUAUAAUGCUGACGGAGCCGCCCAAGGGACCUGGGCCAGUAUUCAUGGAACCAGGUAUGAUGCCGCCUCCAGGCAUGCCCCCUAUGGACAUGCUACAGCCAGGUAUGUCUGACAUACCAGUUUCCGCUGGUGGGGGUGUUCCAGUCAUGUUGGACCCUAACACCCUACAGCCCAUACAGUUAAUGGUUCAUAACAUGGAGCCAGGCAUGCCACUAGAAGGAGAUCAGAUUGGACCGCCUCUCAUGAAUUUACCGCCAGAACACAUGCCACAAAGAGGCGGGCCUCCAGAAAACAUGCCGCAGAGAGGUAGGUCUCCAGAAAACAUGCCACGUUGGGGUGGGCCUGCAGAAAACAUGCCACGAAGAGGUGGACCUCCAGAAAACAUGCCACGAAGAGGUGGACCUCCAGAAAAUAUGCCACGAAGAGGUGGACAUCCAGAAAAUAUGCCACACAGAGGUAGAUCUCAAGACAGAAGGAACUUCUCCCCUGAUCGUCAGCGUGAUCAACGGAUGGAUGACCGACACCAUCAUAGACAUGAAGGCAGCUCUGAUGGCUCUGCUAGCAGGAGUAGGGAAAACUACAAGGGCAGUGUCAAGGGAAAAGACAGGCCAUCAAAUAAAUCAGCUGGUCAUAGCAAGUUAGGUAAAAAACAAGGAAAAAAAGGUACCAAACAGAGUGGAAAGAAAAAACAGCCCCCAAUAGCACGUAAGAAACUUGCAAAGCAGAUAAAAAAUGUAGUAGCCCGACAUGGACUUCAGCAAAAAAAAGCAACAAAUGAUGCAGCCAUGUUAAACUUGCUCAAGUCAGCUUUGGAUGUGAUGCAGUCAAGAGUCAGGGAGAAAGACAAAGGCCAAGGUCAGUCAUCAUCUACAUCCAGUAAGACCCACAACAGAGCUUCUAUGUCAGCUGGUCAGCCAGGCAAACACACCAGUAGUAGCAAACAGGAGGGUUCUGGAUCAAGUUUCAAAACUGAGACAACUGAUAAAAACCCAUCACUGUCAAAAUCAGCGGAAAGACCUGAAAGAGUCUCACAACUAUCACAAGCAGUGGAAAGGGCUUUGUCUGGGCAGGUUCAAGACAGGGAUCAAAAACAUUCUGGAUCACAGAGUGCAGCCAGUUCAAAUUCUAAAUCUGCCAAUGAUUCACCCAUCAAACUGACAUCUAAACCUCCAUCACAAUCAGCUGGCAAAGCUACAAAUACAAGACCUACAUCUCAACCGACGAGAAAAACAGAUUCCGAACAAACAUCACAAUUAGCUGGUAAAACUGCUCCUAAAUCUACAUCACAGUUAACUAGCAAACCAGCUCAUAAUUCUACAUCACAGUUGACCAACAAACCAGCUCCUAAUGCUACAUCCCAACCAGGCAAAACUGCUCUACUGCCGACACCACAGUCGUCAGGCAAAGCUGGCUUGAAGGCUACUUCACAAAUGACUGGCAACUCCACUCUGAAGCCUGCUACACAAGUGGCUGCUGGAUCAAGUUCUGUAACUUCGAACUCAGAGGUGAUGAAAGCUGUUGGUAAAAACUCAACUGGCAAACCUGUAAAGCAGAGUGAAACAGCAAGGCUUAUCAAGACGCUAUCAUUGAAACUGGCAGAAAUAAUGUCCAAGGCAAGAGACAACAGCGCAGAAGACAGGGAUAUGAUUUUGUUGCUGAAGUCAACACUAGACGCUGCUCGAAAACGAACUCAAAUUCCAUCAAAAGAGGGCAAGAAUGAAAAGUCUGAGGAAAAGCCUAAACCAGCCGUGAACAAUCAGAAGUUACAGGUGAAAUCACAAAGUGUAGCUGGGUCCCAAGUCAAGAAGUGGGAAGAAGACAUCAACAGCGAUGAAGAUUUUGAGGUUGAUGAGAAAUCUCAAAACACUAAUAAAACAACAAUAGAAAAACAGGUAAACCCUAUUGACAAACCCAUCGCAAGGCCCAGGAGGCGUCUGACCAGGCAAGAAUGGGCAAAGCUGAAGCGAGCUGCAGAAGAUGCAAUAGCAAAAUCCACAACAGGAGACAUGGAUAUUGAACAAGCCAUCAUCAGUGAGGCCAAAAAAGUAGACCUGAGUAAAGAAAAGAAUCAGAGUGAGAAGACUACUGGAUCAACAUUCGUGAAGAGUGGGUCUGUGCAGUCUGGAGAAUCCAAGGAUAGUCAACAGCCUGUCAAACCUCCGCCUAUGGCCCGAUUCAAAGCAGAAAAGCGCAAAGCCUUGGAGAGGAAGGCAGCAAAGGAAGCAAAGAAGGCCUGUCUAGAGAUGGCACAGGCAGGAUUGUCUACAACACCCAGUACAACUCCUUCGACCCAGUCGCAGAAGUCGUCACAAGCCACAUCGUCAACGGCAACAUCAGAAACAGGCCCAAUUCUGUCUUCAGCCGUACAAGCAGUAAAGGCUGUUGAGGCAACCAUCAGUCAGUUGAUAGCUUCGUCAGAGAGUGGAUCAGCCUCUGUUUCCGAGUCAAGUGCAGCCUUGGCAGCCCAGUUAAAGGCCAUUGAGACAUUGACAGAUGUUGCCUCAAAAGACUUGCCUGCAUCUUUACAGUCUGUAGUGAAGGACCAGUUGGCGGCACAGCAAGCUCGGAUAACUGCACAACAAUUAUCCAAACAAACACCUCCUCCUUCUGUUCCGGUAAGCAUCCCCGGGCUUGGGGGACUGGAUAAUAAUACCAUUCCUCAACAACCAGCAGCACCACCACCAAAAGUACCUUUCCUAAGAAGUCCAAACAACCAGUUUGGUGUUCCAAGAGGUCCUCCGACUCAACCAGGUAUUCCAAUGGGGUUUCGGGCUCAGUUAGCAAUAGACAUUCCAAAAGGAGCUCGGACUCAACCACAGCCUCCAAGGGGGUUAGUAAGAGGACCUCAGCCACAUUUUCGUCCACGAGGACCAUUGUUAGGACAAGCUAGGGGAGUGCAAACUCCAGCAGGUUAUUCAGAGAGGGCCCCAGCCAGGCCGCCUUGUACCUGCUCAGCUGGGUAGGCCUCCCCAGGUGACUUCCUUCCAACAAGCUGGAAGUCAAGCUCCUAAUUUGCGUGGACAUGCAGCUUUUCCUAACCUACCAGUAAUGAGGCCACCAGGCAUCCGGUCAGCCCCGCCACUGUUCCCCAGUGCAACACAAG